AUGUGGAAACGACUUCCUCCUGCAUUGAAAAUGGGCCAGAAGGUCUCACACGAGGACAACCAGGAGAAAAAGGCUGAGACUCUACUCAUCUGUGAAGUCUUCAGCCAAGGUGUGGUCCAUGCAUCUCAAAGGCUGAAGGACUAUCUUGGUUUCGUGGAUCCUCAGAGCAAAUUCCAGCCAGCCACAAACACGCUGAGUGAGAUCUUUUUGGUCAACUUCAUCAGCUUCUGCAUGGAAAAGGGAGUGGAGGAACGUAUCACAACCAGCAAAAUGACCAAGCAGCAGUCCUUCCUGUUCGGGGUGGACUGGAUCUGGACUCUGUCUGGAGCUGACAAGGAAAUCAAACUUCAGAUCGCUGUGCAGGCUUUACAGCCAGCCGAGCUUUUCAAUCGCGAAGGGGGCCCCGCCGAGGCGGUGGAGGACUGCUGCCGGGAAGCCGUGCUGGCAGACGAGCGCUUCCAAAACAGGAGCAGGUUUGCGAAGCUGGCGGAGUUCUGCCGCCUGGUGGGACAGGACUGCCUGGGCUUGUUCAUCAUGUUUGGUGUGCCAGGGAAGCCCAGGGACAUCCGAGGAGUCAUGGUAGACAGCAUUGCCAAGGAGGAGCAAAAAAGCCGCCUGUUGGGCAGGAAUGCGUUACAGCAAUUUGACACCAGUACUGACAGAUUCCUGCCCGCAAAAGACAUGUUGGAAAGCUGCCUUGGCGCAAAAAAUGGACUGAAGGAGGUGGGCAAUGUGUACAUAAGCUUUCUGUAA